GUGGACAUGGAUGUGCAGAAGUAUCUGAACCGGAUCGGGUCCCUUGUCCCGGCUGAGCCCGACCUGGACGCGCUGCGGUCGCUCCACACUCGUCACUUGCUGUCGGUGCCGUUCGAGGACCUGACGGUGCACAGCGGCGGGCGAGUCGAGCUCGAUCUCCCGCUGAUCUACGACAAGAUCGUGACCCGGCGCCGAGGAGGCCUCUGCUACGAGAACAACGGGCUCUUCUCCUGGCUGCUGUCCUCACUGGGCUUCCAGGUGACCAUGCUCUCCGCCCAGGUGAAGGGCCUGAUCACCGGGUUCUACGGGCCACCGUUUGACCACCUCGUCCUCCUGGUGACCCUCCAGGGCCGCCGCUGGCUGUGCGACGUCGGUUACGGCGCAGCAGGCUUCUCUGUGCCGAUUUCUCUGGAGACCAGCGGGCCCCAGGUGGAGGGCCACAGGGUGUACCGCAUCAGAAAGCAAGGGGAUGUGCACUUUCUGGAAUGGCAAGGAGUGGAGAACACAGGUGCGGAUGGAGUCUGGAAGGAGAUCUUGAAGUUCACCCUCGAUCCCAGGCGCCUGGAGGACUUCACGGACAUGUGCCAGUACCACCAGAGCUCCCCCUGCUCACUCAUCUUCUCCAAAUCCCUCUGCGUUAUUAUGAAACCAGGUAGAUGGCUCACCUGCAUGGGCCGCAGACUCAUCUCCACCACAUUCACCACUGAGGGAGCAGGGUUCAAAACCACCACCAGAGAACUUCAAGAUGAGGAGAUUACUGUCAUUUUGGCAGAGGAGUUUGGAAUUGUGCUGAAUUCUCCACUCACACCAAAGGAUGAGACAAUAACUCCACCCCCGGUCAUGUAUUGA